UUAAAAUAAAAAUUAUCUGCUUGACCCACUCUUUUGAAUUUUCACAACAUGACAACUCAUUUUCAGACACAUAGGCACACUCACUAAUACAAAUAUACAUAGAUAUAUACUUCACCAAUAACAUAUCCAUACUUGUGUUUUGUAGGCAUGUGAUCAACCAAGAUAAGUCAAAUUGAGAGAUACAUAAAAUGAGAAGAAUCUCUCGUGGCUCCUCCUCCCCUUUGUCCGCCUGUUUCCACCCUUCCACCACCGCUACCACCGACGAAACACCGUCGUCUCUUCCAUCACCGUCAACUCCAUCGUAUUUCUCCGGCGACCUCCCAAAUCCCACCACCACUUGCCACUACCAUACUAACAUCGGCGUUUUCUUUCUCUCCUGGUCUCAGUCUUUCCUCCGCCGCUCUCUCCACCUCCAUUACUACUCUUGCCACUCCGCAAACUGCUAUCUCCACCAUUCUCCGGAUUGCUACCGCCACUCUGUUCCAUUCACUUUCCGGCUAGAAAUCAAGCCUUUGACCUUCUGGAGAAAACAUGGAUCCAAGAAGAUAUCAAGAAAACCCGAUAUUCGGGUCGUUUGGGACCUGACCAAAGCAAGAUUUGGAUCAGGACCCGACCCGGAAUCCGGAUUUUACGUGGCUGUCGUCGUAUCUAACGAAGUGGGUCUUCUUGUCGGAGAUUCUCUGAAACAGAGACCGAAGAGGCAAAUCUUGGUGUCUAGGAGAGAAAAUCUGUUUGGAAACAGAGUGUACUGUACGAAUAUCAAGAUUAAAGGAAAACUCAGAGAGAUUAGUAUAGACGUUAAGGUUAACAACGAUGCUAAUCUCCGGUUUAGCGUAGACAAUAAGAGUGUUUUGAAGAUUAAGCAGCUUCAAUGGAAAUUCAGAGGAAACGCUAAGGUCGUGAUCGAUGGUGUGAAUAUACAGAUAUCGUGGGAUUUGUACAACUGGCUGUUUGGUGACAAGGAUAAAGUCCCUGCCGUGUUCUUGCUCCGGUUUGAGAAUCAAGAAGUGGAAGGAAACGAUUUGUUGAUGAUGAAUAAGCGAGAGCGAGACGACGUCGUUUUGCGGAAAGAGAACUCUCGAACGGCGUCAUUUUGGUCGUCUUCAUAUCGUCACUGGUCUUCUUCUGUGAUGGAGUGGUCCACUUGUAAAGAGGAAGAAGAGAGGAGCUUUGGACAUAAGAGUUGGUACUCUUUGAUUGUUUACGCUUGGCGGAAGUAAAAAGACAAUAUUUUUAGUGUGAGAAUCAUAAUUUUUGUUUUGUCUUGUUCAAAACAUACCAGAAAUAUACUUACAAAAACAAAACAGAAUAAACAAUGUUUAGAAACCAAAACUAGAACUAGGGUGCAAAGUCUAUAGGAUUGUAUUAAAACAGCAAAUGAGUUGUUAAGAAGUGUAAUUUUGUGUUAGAUCAGUAUUCAUUU